AUGACAACAAUCCAACUUCCAGCGUCCGAUUCUCUUAGUCUGCACCUGACUCACCCCACCUCGGAAGAAUGCAUCCACAUCUGGUCCAGCACCGCGGCCCUGUGGAAGGACUCACUGACCGUACCUCUCUAUGUCGCUGAGGCCGAGUUCCUUACAACGGUCCCGCUUGCCAAAGAUGGAGGCAUGACCACAUGGGUUCUCGUCGACAAAAACCUGCCCCCUCACCAGCGGCAGGUGCUUUGCUCGUGUGAAACCUUCCGAAAGCGUGCCCUCAUGAGCGACGACAAGGGCAACAUUGAGGAAGUUCUCGUUCACGGCGUUGCUAGUGUGUUCAGUCCUCCGGCUUAUCGUGGCCGUGGCUAUGGAAUUCGUCACAUGAAGGAAUUGUCCAAGGUCCUGCGCGGAUGGCAAGCCGAGCAUGGCAAAAGUUUUGGUAGCGUCCUUUACUCGGAGAUUGGAAAAGAGUACUAUGCAAAAAUGGGAUGGAUGCCAAACUCUAGCAAUGGGCACUUUAUCCUCCCGUCUAUCAUGAUGGAGAAACCAGCGAUGACACAGCCGGUGGCUGAAUCGAACCUUGAAUCCCUCUGCCUCAGAGAUGAGGCCAUGGUCCACGAGGCUAUGGCAAGCCCUAGCACAAAACAAAGUCGUGUAGUCGUGCUUCCAAGCCUGGAUCACAUGCUCUGGCAUAUCCGAAAGGAAGAAUUUGUGACCAAUUACAUUUUUGGUAAGAAGGCAGAGGUGAAGGGGGCAAUCGCUGGGAGUCCCGGCAAGCAGGUCUGGGCGCUAUGGGUGCAUCGGUACUAUGAACACCCUGAUCAUGCCAAAGAGAAGGAAGGGGAUGACGGAAACGUCCUUUACAUCCUCCGUCUCGUAGUGGAAGGCGAUGACACUGCCAACAAGCCCCAUGAAGACAAUCCAGCGCCACUCAUAGAGGCGUACAUGGAGCAGGCGGCCGCGCUCAAAGCCGUUAUCCAGGCUGCCCAAGCCGAGGCGGCUGAAUGGAAAUUGGACCAAGUGAGACUGUGGGAGCCCUCCCCGUUGGUUCAUAAUCUUCUCGAGCAGAGUGAUAUCCAAGCUACAUGGGUUGAGCGGCAUGAGAGUAGUGUCGCAUGUGCGCUUUGGUUCAAGGAAGACAACGCUGCAAGUGAAGAAGACCCAACUUGGGUCAACAAUCAGCACCAUGCGUGGUGUUAA